AUGUCACUCAUCAUGGAUAAAACUAUGCUCCCUUCGUUUGUGACCGAAAACCCGAUUACACACGCAAUUUCUACGCUCUCUGAGAAUUUCCACGAACGAAGAGCAACUCUCGGUUUGACGAACCCGGGAACUAUCGAAAAUAUCUCACGUGAGGCUCUGAAAGAUGUAUUCUUGAACAACUUUCUUUUUUCGGGCAUGCGUGCCGAUCUUUCGAAGAGUUUCAGCAUGGACCCAAUAUUCCAGACCUCGCAUUCGUUUGCCAUGGGCGCCCAGGGAAUUCCGCCAUACACCUUUGCUGCACUAUUUGGAAACAGUAAGACUUUCCUUCAGGCCAAUAUUGACAAUGAGGGUCAACUUUCUGGACGUGCCAAUUAUCGUUGGACCCCAGCUCUCGUUUCUAAAAUUAACGUACAGCUUGCUCCUCCGGCGAUGUCUAGCCAAUCUGUCUUUACCAUGGACACAGAGUACACCGGUGCCGACUUUUCUGCAGGCAUCAAGUCUUUCAACCCUUCCCUUCUCGAAGGGACCCUUACUGGAAUUUUCAUCGGUUCCUACCUCCAAUCUGUUACCCCAAAUCUUUCACUCGGUCUCGAGUCAGUUUGGCAGCGCCAAGCUGCUUCAGUAGGCCCUGAAACCGCCCUUUCAUAUGUUGCACGAUACGCCACCAAAGAUUGGGUUGCUUCUGCGCAAUUACAAGCACAAGGUGCGCUCCAGGCUACGUACUGGCGCAGAAUCGCGGAGCGGGUUGAAGCUGGUGUGGACUGCCAACUUACUGUUGCUGGAGGGAUGGCUAGAAGCGGGGGUGGAAUGAUGGGUGGUAGUAUGAGGAAGGAAGGAGUUACAACAGUCGGUGCCAAAUAUGAAUUCCGGAUGUCGACAUUUAGGGCACAAGUUGAUACUUCCGGGAGGCUCUGUUGCAUGCUCGAAAAGAGAAUCGCACCCACGGUAUCAUUGACUUUCGUGGGUGAUGUGGAUCACUUUAAGAACCAGGCGAAACUUGGAUUCUCAGUGUCCAUUGAGGCUGCUUCCGAGGGUUUGCAGGAAUUGCAGGAACAGGCAGCCGCAGCCGGUACCGGGCCUUCGUCUCCCUCAGUACCAUUUUAG